AUGGCCUCUAACCCUCCCGGAGCUUGCUGUGCCCAGGGUUUCAAGCAUGAAGGCACCCCUGUCGGCGAAGUCAAGAAGAUCAACGACAUCGACACCUACAUUGUCUACCCCAAGGACAACAAGACCCCUGAGAAGGCUGUCCUCUUCCUGAGCGACAUCUUCGGUCUCUUCAACAACGCCAAGCUCGUUGCCGAUGAAUUCGCCAACAACGGCUACCUGUGCGUCCUUCCCGAUCUCUUUAAUGGCGAUGCCAUUGAGCCCGCCGCCAUGGAGUCUGGCAAGUUCGACAUUGGCGCUUGGUUCCCCAACCAUCAGCCCGCUCACGUCGACCCUAUCGUUGAGUCGACGAUCAAGUACAUCAAGGGAGACUUGGGCGUUAAGCGCAUCGCCGCUGUUGGUUACUGCUUCGGUGCUAAGUACGUCUGCCGUUUCAUGAAGGACGACAAGAUCAACGUUGGCUUCAACGCCCACCCCUCCUUCGUCACCCACGAGGAGCUCGGCGCCAUCCAGGGCCCUCUGUCCAUUGCUGCUGCUCAGAUCGACAACAUCUUCACCACUCAGCUUCGUCACGAGUCCGAGGAGACCCUGAUCAAGACUGGCCAGCCCUGGCAGAUCAACCUGUACAGCGGUGUCUCCCACGGUUUCGCUGUCCGCGCCGACCUGAGCAACCCCCACUUCAAGUGGUCCAAGGAGCAGGCUUUCUGCCAGGCCGUCGCCUGGUUCAGACAGUACCUGUAA